UGACAUAUCGCCUCCCUGGCCUGUGUAGCUAAGCAUCCCUGGUCAAUGUAGUUAUGCAUCCCUGGGCGUAGUUACGAAUGCCCCUGCGCGAAUGAGAAGACAAAGCAGGAAUACGAUAAUGACAAAGUCAAAGGCAAAGCCAGAGUGAAAAUUAGCGCAAAGUGCGAAGAAUAGGUAGAAUUUUCUAUUGGUUUCGGUGUGUUGGCAAAAUUACGCCAAUUAUUAAGCAUACGCGCAAUUGCAUUCGUGAAAUAUUUAUAAUACAACAAAUAAAAUAGUGAAGCUGCUUAUUAAUCAAAUUUAAAAUGAAUGAAGAAUACGACGCAAUUGUGCUGGGCACCGGCCUGAAGGAGUGCAUAUUGAGUGGUAUGCUGUCUGUUUCAGGCAAGAAAGUUCUGCAUAUUGAUCGCAAUAAAUACUAUGGCGGUGAAUCGGCCUCCAUUACACCGCUGGAGGAGCUGUUCCAGCGCUAUGGACUCGAAGCACCAGGUGAAAGAUUCGGGCGUGGUCGCGAUUGGAAUGUGGACUUAAUUCCCAAGUUUUUGAUGGCUAAUGGACAGUUGGUGAAACUGCUGAUACACACGGGCGUCACCCGUUAUUUGGAGUUCAAGUCGAUUGAGGGCAGUUACGUCUAUAAGGGUGGAAAAAUUGCCAAAGUGCCGGUUGACCAAAAGGAAGCACUGGCAUCUGAUCUCAUGGGCAUGUUCGAGAAGAGACGCUUUCGUAACUUCCUUAUUUAUGUGCAGGACUUUAGAGAGGAUGAUCCCAAGACUUGGAAAGAUUUCGAUCCAACCAAAUCGAAUAUGCAAGGACUAUACGAUAAGUUCGGUCUGGACAAGAAUACGCAAGACUUUACAGGCCAUGCGCUGGCGCUAUUCCGAGACGAUGAGUACUUGAACGAGCCGGCUGUUAAUACAAUACGACGCAUCAAAUUGUAUUCUGAUUCACUGGCAAGAUAUGGAAAAUCGCCUUACCUGUAUCCGAUGUACGGCCUUGGCGAACUGCCACAAGGUUUUGCACGAUUGUCAGCUAUUUAUGGUGGCACAUAUAUGCUGGAUAAGCCCAUUGAUGAGAUUGUACUCGGCGAGGGCGGAAAAGUGGUAGGCGUGCGCUCCGGCGAUGAAAUCGCCAAAUGCAAGCAGGUCUAUUGCGACCCCAGCUAUGUGACCGAUAAGGUGCGCAAGCGCGGCAAGGUCAUUCGUUGCAUUUGUAUUUUGGAUCAUCCAAUAGCCAGCACUAAGGAUGCUCUCUCCACUCAAAUUAUCAUUCCACAGAAGCAAGUUGGUCGGAAAUCCGAUAUCUAUGUAUCCCUUGUCAGUUCUACUCAUCAAGUCGCCUCCAAGGGAUGGUUUGUUGGCAUGGUUUCGACAACUGUGGAAACUGAGAAUCCGGAAAUCGAAAUUAAGCCCGGAUUGGACUUGCUCGAGCCUAUUGCACAAAAGUUUGUCACCAUUUCCGAUUAUUUGGAACCCAUUGAUGAUGGAGCUGAUUCGCAAAUUUUUAUUUCCGAAUCUUAUGAUGCUACUACGCAUUUUGAGACCACAUGUCUGGAUGUUUUGAACAUUUUCAAGCGUGGCACAGGCGAGACUUUUGAUUUCUCAAAAAUCAAACACGAGCUAGGCGAUGAGGAGCAGUAAGCAACAACAGCAGUAAAAGUUACAAUGAGCAGAUUGAUCAUGGGGAUGUGUGUUAAACAUCAUUUAAUUAACAACAAUUACAAUUAAUGGCUUCUGUCAUCAUUACUGCAUGUUGUUGAUGCGACCGUGGCUAAAACCAAAAGCGUUAUAAAACCGAAUAACAGCAAACAAAAAAUUAAAUACGCGUAAAAAGCUCUUGAAAUUUGAUUAAGAUGUGAAAAAUGAUAGAAAACAUUUGCUUGCUCGAUAGAAAUUUAUACAAACAUAUUUGGAUAUGCUUAGAAAAUACACCUGUAUACAAAUAUACAACCUAAAAAGCACUAGUAAGUAUUAUUGUUUGUAUGUAUUAUGUGAAAACUUUGUGCAACGUAAUCAAAUCCACAUAAUAUUGCUUAAUUGCGGUUCAGACAGAUCACUAUAUUUGUUAAUCUUUUAAAGGUUUCAUAAGUUUCUCAAAAUACAAUUUUUUUAUGAAUACAUUUCCUUGCAAUUUGCUUAAUGUUUAAAGACGGCGGACAAGUUGUGAACGUGGCCUGUCUGAACGGCAAGAAAAGCACCUAGAAAUCUAUAAAGACAGCAUGUUAAGCGAAAAUUGAAAUCAUUGUAGCAGUCACCACACAAUCAACGUAACCCAAAUUAUAUGUUGUGUUUAGCCACGAAAACCUCUGCUCUAUGUGCUUGAACUUAAUUGUAUGCGAUAGAUAUACAUAUACAUACAUUUAUACUACACUCUGAUUAGUUUGCUUGAUUUUGGUUUGUGAUGAAAAAAAUAAAAGUAAAAAAAAUA